ACCUCUUGUAGUAGUUACGUGUUUCCAGCCGGUUGGCGAUUAAGCAAGCACCGGUCUCAUCAUGUCGAGGCACCUUCGCUUCAUUGCACGGACAGUGAUGGUCCAAGAUAGCAACGUUGAUGCGGCGUACAAGACUUUAAACAGGCUCUUGACUCAGGAUGGGGUUAUUGAAACAGUGAAGCGCAAGCGCUACUUUGAGAAGCCCUGCCGAGAGCGACAGCGGAAGAACUUUGAGAACUGCAGGCGGAUCUACCACACGGAAAUGGCCAGAAAAAUUGCCUUCAUCUCCAGGACAAACAAAGAAGAUCCCUGGCUCGGCUGCUAAUGAAAUGUGUGAUGAAACAGGACGUUAUCUAUGGAUUUGUUUAGACGGGGGCCAGCAAAGUGGAAGAAGCAAUCAAGACCAACACAGUGUCACUAUCACAUCUCAAUGGACUUGGGAAAUAAAGUUGCUUUUAUUGUUUAACAGUAAAAGGAAGUAGACAUUUGUCUAUUUUCUCUUCAAAAUUUGGCAUGGUUGGGGAGUGCCUGUACUUACUCUUAGUUGUAAUGAGCAGGUUAAUGAACUCUUGUUUGAUGACAUUUUGUGUUUUGAAUCUUCCCACACAAUCUUGCUAAUGAAAAAGCUAAUAAAUGUGUGAAAUGUUCUGAAAAUCUUAA